AUGGUGAUGGCAAAGGGUCCAGGCCUCUAUUCUGACAUUGGCAAGAAAGCCAGAGAUCUUCUUUACAGGGAUUAUCAGGCUGAUCAUAAAUUCACUAUCACUACUUACACUGCAGAUGGGGUGGCUAUUACAUCGACUGGAACUAAGAAAGGGGAGUUGUUGCUUGCAGACGUUAACACCCAGCUGAAAAACAACAACAUCACAACUGACAUAAAAGUGGAUACCAACUCUAAUGUUUACACGACCAUCACUGUUGAUGAGCCUGCUCCCGGAGUGAAGGGUAUCUUUAGCUUCAUUGUUCCUGAACAAAAAUCUGGCAAGGUGGAACUUCAGUACUUUCAUGAACAUGCUGGAAUUAGUACUAGCCUUGGACUAACAGCAACACCCGUUGUCAAUUUCUCUGGUGUUGCUGGGAACGACACUGUUGUUUUUGGGACCGAUGUAUCAUUUGACACGGCUACUGGGAAUUUUAUUAAAUAUAAUGCGGGAGUUAGUCUCACAACUUCUGACUUAAUUGCAUCCUUGGCACUGAAUGACAAGGGGGACUCCCUUUCUGCAUCGUACUUCCACACAGUAAGCCCAUUGACCAACACAGCAGUCGGAGCUGAGUUGAACCACCGCUUUUCGAGCAAUGAGAACACUCUCACCAUUGGGACGCAACAUUCAUUGGAUCCUCUAACCACACUGAAAGCUCGAGUGAACAACUAUGGCAAGGCGAGUGCUCUUAUACAGCACCAAUGGCGUCCAAAAUCUCUCGUCACAGUUUCUGGUGAAGUCGACACAAGGGCACUUGAAAAAAGUGCCAAGAUUGGAUUGGCGGUCGCUCUCAAGCCAUGA